AAAACCCCACGCUGCUUUGGUCUGUCUGACGCAUUAAAACCCUUCCACCGCCGCUCAACUUCUCGCAGUUACAUAUAUCUAUGUUUGUGUAUUGAAGUAAGAAUUUGUUUAAAUGGUAGUGAAAUUCUUGAUUUGUUGUUAGAUUUUUGGGUAUUUCUUGUUGAUCAGUCAGUGAAGUCGGAGUUGAACCAGAGAUAAUUUCUGCGUUUUUGAGAUAAUGUUGAGAAGAAACGUAAGGCUAAGGAGAGAGUAUCUCUACAGGAAAAGCUUGGAAGGAAAAGAGCGUUUGCUCUACGAAAAGAAGCGCAAAAUCAGAGAAGCCUUGGAAGAGGGUAAACCGAUUCCUACUGAGCUCAGGAAUGAAGAGGCAGCCCUUCGACAAGAAAUUGACCUUGAAGAUGAAAAUACAGCUGUUCCUCGUUCAACAAUUGAUGAUGAAUAUGCAAAUGCCGCUGAUAGAGAUCCUAAGAUUUUGCUUACCACAUCGCGCAAUCCCAGCGCUCCUCUUACACAGUUUGUGAAGGAAUUGAAGUUCGUCUUCCCCAAUGCACAACGAAUGAAUCGUGGUGCUCAGGUUAUUUCUGAAAUUAUUGAAACCUGCAAAGCACAUGAUUUUACAGAUGUUAUUUUAGUUCAUGAACAUCGUGGUGUGCCAGAUGGUAUGAUUAUAAGCCAUCUUCCUUUUGGUCCAACUGCUUACUUUGGAUUACUAAAUGUGGUUACAAGACACGAUAUCAAGGACAAAAAGGCUAUUGGAACAAUGCCUGAGGCUUACCCACAUUUGAUUCUUAACAAUUUCACUAGACAGACUGGUCAAAGGACAGCGAACAUUUUAAAGCAUUUAUUUCCAGUUCCCAAGCCAGAUACAAAACGUAUUAUCACUUUUGCAAAUCAAGCGGACUAUAUAUCUUUCAGGCAUCAUAUCUAUGAGAAACGUGGAGGUCCUAAAUCAAUAGAGUUAAAAGAGAUUGGUCCUCGAUUCGAAAUGCGGCUUUACCAGAUCAAGCUAGGGACAAUGGAUCAAGAUGAAGCUCAAAAUGAAUGGGUCAUCAGGCCAUACAUGAACACAACCAAGAAACGGAUGUUUCUUGGAGAUUGACAGGACGGCCCCUAGCCUUUAUUUUCUCACCCAAAAUCGACUGUUAAGAAUUAAUAUGUUUCUCCUUAUACUCGUUUUAUUUAUAUUCCAUUUUUCUGUAAGAAAUAUGAAUGGAAGAACUUCUCGAGUCGAGUAGAACUUUUUGUACACACACAUAAUUGACAUGGGAGCAAAAUAUUAUUCCUUCUUCGUUGGAGAAUCUUAAGUUUGAAUAUGAAUGCAUUUACAUACUAUUAA